UCCCCUUAGGUGUCUUCAUAAAAUGCCCGCCGACGGUGCCCCUUUUUUCCCGCCGCGCUCCAAGAUGGCGUCGAUGCGCGAGAGCGACACGGGCCUGUGGCUGCACAACAAGCUGGGCUCCACCGACGAGCUGUGGGCGCCGCCGAGCAUCGCCUCGCUCCUCACCGCCGCCGUCAUCGACAACAUCCGCCUCUGCUUCCACGGCCUCUCCUCGGCCGUCAAGCUCAAGCUCCUGCUCGGCAUGCUGCACCUGCCCCGGCGCGCCGUCGACGAGAUGAAAGUUGCACUGAGUGACAUUAUCCAGCUCGCUACCUUGGAUUCAGACCCCUGGGUCUUAAUGGUAGCUGAUAUUUUAAAAUCCUUUCCAGAUACUGGCUCCCUUAACCUUGAUUUGGAGGAGCAAAAUCCCAAUGUUCAGGAUAUUUUAGGUGAACUGCGAGAUAAAGUGAGCGAAUGUGAAACUUCCGUGAUGUUGCCGUUAGAGUGCCAGUACUUAAAUAAAAAUGCCUUGACCACAUUGGCCGGGCCCCUCACUCCCCCGGUGAAGCAUUUUCAGCUGAAACGGAAACCAAAAAGCGCAACUCUGCGAGCUGAGCUCUUACAGAAGUCGACUGAAACAGCUCAGCAGUUCAAGAAGACCACUGGGGUGCCUUUCCAUGCCAAAGGAAGGGGGCUGGUCAAAAAAAUAGACACCACAACACCACUCAAAGGAAUACCGAAACAAGCACCAUUCAGGAAUCCCACCGCCCCAAGUGUGUUUAGUCCUGCUGGAAACAGAACGCCCAUUCCUCCUUCAAGAACUCCACUUCACAAAGAAAGAGGAGUCAAGUUCCUAGAUCUCAACGAGCUGAAAAAGGUCGGUGCUGGCCAGGAAGCAAAAAGACGACGGAAGACUUUAGAUACAGAAGUGGCGGAGAAGCCGGCGAAAGAGGAGACCGUUUUUGAAAAUGCCACUCCAGAUUACGCUGCUGGGCUUGUGUCUACUCAGAAACUCGGCACGCUGAAUAAUGAGCCCGCCCUGGCCUCGACGAGCUACCUGCCCGCUGCGCCCAGCGUCGUGCCAUCUUCCUCUUACGUUCCAAGUACGGAGACGCAAACAGCUGGAUCGGCCCGUGAACCCUUGCCAGCUAAAGAAGAGCCUGCCCCGCCUCCUGCGAGUGCCGUCCCCGCUCAGUUCAAGCAGAGGACACCCAUGUACAACAGCAACACCAACGCAGCCGUGGCCACGCCCACCUCUCCUGUGACGCCUCCAGUUACGGCUCCGGCAGUGCCAGCGCCCCAGGCGGCUCCGCAGACUCAACAGGCAGCACCCAAAAAAAGCCUCUCUCUAAGCAAGAAACAAACCUAUGCCGUGCAAGAAAUGUUCAAGACAGCCAACAAAGUGACCAGGCCAGAGAAGGCACUUAUCCUGGGAUUCAUGGCGGGAUCGAGAGAGAACCCUUGCCAGGACCAGGGGGACAUCAUCCAGAUCAAGCUGAGCGAGCACACGGAAGUGGUGCCCACGGGCGAUGGCACCGGGAGCACCACCAUGCUGGUCGAUACGGUCUUCGAAAUGAACUACGCCACCGGCCAGUGGGCCAGGCUAAAGAAGUACAAGCCCAUCACCAACGUCUCCUAAGCGGCUGCCGCAGCCAGAUGUUGGCCAGACGGACCAGCGCUCAAGCCAGCGCCUCCCAUCGCGCGUCGGCCUGGCAGACCAACAUUCCUGUGAAGGCUCUCUCUGAACCAUCAAUGCCUAGCUGUGGUUGGCUCGAAUAGCAGAACAAAGAUCAAAAUGGCUAUGCUUGCUUUUUUUGUUGUUUAAGGGUGUGAGUGUGUGUGUUGGGGGCGGGCUCCAAGAGUCAUUUGAGGUGGCUGAAUGAGCAGAGGGUUCGGUGCGCCCACCGCCUCCGCAGGAAACUCACCUCCAGAACCUUCG